AUGACACCCAGCUGUCCAGAUGACAAUAAUCUAGUUUGUACCUCUACGUUCUCUAACACAGCCCCUGCCAACACUUUGUCCCUGUUGGCGAAUAAUUUAAGCCUACAUUCCGAAAAAUAUCAGAUUGGAAGUCUAAUUCGCCCAAAUGUCGAUAAUAAUCAUUUUUAUACAAUUGCUGUAGAAGGGGAAGUUAAUCCACCGAUGGAUUUUAGGAAACACUUUUUCCAGUUUACCGAACCACCCCGUCAGCCUUCAAACAGUGCAAAUUGUUUGGACCCGUCCAGACCAGUGAUCUCUACACAAGUUUCAACAAAUGAUAGUCUCCAACGCGUUUUAAAUAGGUUAACUCCAGAAGUAAGGGACACACAUUGGUUUUUCUCUCUUUUAGAUAUUGAGGAUAAUUUGUGCCAGGUAACUAUGCCAGUUAAAUGGAUUCCUAAACAAAAACGAAACGCUCACAAUCUAAUGAAAAACGCGCAUUUAUUUGCUAACAGGAAAAGCAAAAUCUGUAAAUUUUGUUUUACGAAUGGCGAAGCCAAAGAUAUAUUCUCAAGCCACGUCAUAAAAUCUAAACAGGGUGAGACCAUUUGUCCGAUCUUAAGAAAGCAUAAAUGUGAAAUAUGCGGAGCAACAGGAAUCCAUGCUCAUACAAAAUCACAUUGUCCCUUAAAUAAGAAGCAAAAAAUUAGAUAUCACAAAUUAGUGCAUGGUUGCUUGAAACCAUAAAAACUUUAAAGCACCUACAUAGUGAGGCAUCUCAAUGCGAUGCUCGCCACGAUGCAUUCUACGCGCACUUACUUGCGUCGAGCAUCGCAUCGAGAUACCCCUCUAUGU